CUUUGAAGAAUUAAGACGUGCUUCUAAAUUUUUUUUGUGCAAAAGUUUUGGAACUUGCUGGAAAAGGACAAUUUUUACAAUGUUAUCUCGCUAUACUUUGCAUGACACGAGUUAUGCUGAAAGUGUUCGUCGUGAAUUGAUUUGCGACUUACUAAAAAUUAUUCAUGCUGACACACUUGAAACGGACUACCCAGAUUUUCUUACGUGGUGUAAGAAUGCCGAAAGUGUGAAAAUGAAAAUCGACAAGCAGUUUUCGACUCCAAAAUCCGGAUGCACAAAGUAUUUUGUCAAAACGGCCUCACUUUAUGUGCUUCGUAGUGAACAAGGUCAGUUAUCGGAAUUGUCACAAAAAGCUGUCGAGAUGCUCGAACCAAAUCGCUUAGAACCCGACGUUAUUUGCGUAUUUGCUUUAACCUUGCAUCUUACGGGUUGCAUUUGUUUUGCCAGCGGCGUAUAUGACCAAGCGAUUCACUUUAACUGUUUGUCCGAAAGAGUGAUCGAUGAGUUUAAAGCCACCAGGCAAAGUCUCCCGGAGGAUCUGUCAAAAUGCCUCUUCAAAAUCUAUGACCUCGUACUAUCAAAAUUGUAUGACUGCUAUGGAGCUGUAAAGAAUACUGCAAUGCAAGUCAAAUACGCAGUUCUCUUGAUCGAACGUAUCAUUUUCAACCAAUCGACUACUACAGAUGACAAAAUUUCCAUUCAUGUGCUCACCAUGAUCCAAACUUAUGUUGAAACCAUUAUUGAGCAUCGUCAUUUUGCUCAAAUAAAUUAUCUUUUGUCUCUUUUGAUGAAAGAACUGGAAAACCGCAAACCCCCGAAUGGAAUUUCACCUUCUGAACGUGGCUUUUACAUGGAUAUGCAGGCAUGUAACGAUUUGAUGGCUUUUUUCUUCGUUCGCUGGGCAAUUGCUAUCAUCGAAUAUUCGUUAAAGGUAAAAACGAACAAGAAUUACGCGGAAAAAUAUCCGUUAUAUGAUGAAAUCUGGACUAUGAAGGAACUCAUUGAUGAAGAAAAUUUCAAGUAUGAUAAGGAAUUUCCCGUCCAUGUCAUUCAAAGCCGUGACGAUUUCACAAAUAACUUGAAAAGAUGCAAGGAAUGGACUCAAAAGGUCAACAAGUGGCAAAAGGUUGAGUUUUUGAAUAAAUUGGCAAAGUUGGAAAAUCAGGUGGACUCUAGUUUUUCAAAGACCGGCUGGAAAAAGUUUUAUCCUGAUACAAUUUUCAAAAAGAUCGUAUUAUGUGUUCUUGUACUCGCAACAAUUUUAGGUUUCAUGUUGUAUUUCAUGCUUGACGAUCCGCCCCGUAAGCCAUACAAUGUGACUUACGAGUAUAUGACUAGAACUGAAAAGUAUCAUGGCUAUGCUGCAUAUUCCAUACCUUACACAAAAAAGUGUUUGUUUUAUGAUGGUUAUUACAGAGAUUGAACAACUUCCUUUUUUAUACAAAUUUAUGUAUUCCGUACUUUUAAACCGUCAUUCCUUUUUUGAUUUCAAUAUUAGAUGAAACCUGUUGAUUCAUCAA